AAAGACCCAGACUUACUUGCGCUCUUUCAAAGUUUGCUACAUUUUGCAUUCUGUUUUCGUCACUCUACUGUUACUCCUACAUUAUAUUCAACACUGCAACACAGCUUAUUAUUCACGAUGGAGUUCAAUCAAGAAACAAGUCUUUACAGUUACAUUUACUCUGCCUGUGAGACUGGUGAUCAUGAUGAAUUGUCUGUGGUUCUGUAUGGGCGGGAGAAUUACCGGGAGUGGCGCCGAGCAAUGAAUUUGAAGUUGGAAAUGACAAAGAAGCUAUGUUUUGUGGAUGGAACGGUUACAGUUCCUGCGAAGGACGACCCGAAAUAUGGAGCAUGGAAGACACGCAAUGAGCUUGUUCUGUCAUGGAUCCGCGGAUCUAUCUCUGAGGAGAUCAAAGAGAACGUGGAAGCUUUGACGAAUGCGGUUGACGUGUGGAGAGGUCUGAGGCAACUUUACUCCCCCGGUGAUCCGCUCUUAAUUUCAGAUGUUGAGGAAGAAAUCGAUUCCCUUAGACAAGAAACACGAACUCUGACGGAAUAUUUCGUCAAGUAUAAUGCGCUUUGGAUGGAGUUGGAAACUCUGCUGGGUGAUCAGAACAAGUGCAGUUGCGGCAAGGAAAAGAUGGAGCAGGAAAAGGUGAAGACGUUCCUUAAGGGUUUGCAUGAACGGUUUCAUUCAACAAGAUCACGCAUAAUGCGAGAGAAUCGUCCUUUGCCAUCCCUUCACCAAGUUUUCACCUUGAUAGCUGAACAUGAAGAAUUGGUCAAUGUUGCUACUAACGAAGUGACAAGAAGGGAGAAGCUGAUUCCCAACCAGCAUCCACACGGAUUAACGCUGAAGCCCCCUACCGGAGCACCAUUCAAGUGCAGUGGAUGUAGAGAACGCGGUUUUGGAUGGAGCUAUCGCUGCGAAAACGAUGAGUGCAAAGAUGAUUACGUCCUCUGCGAACCUUGUGCAAAUGCUGUCAUGGAUAAACCCCUAGUUCGGCACCCUUUCUUCAAAGAAAGCAAUUUCUUGUUCUAUGAAAAGCCAGCUUCUGGUAACAGAAUCUGUGACGGUUGUAGAAAGGAUGUGCUAGGGUUUGUGUACCAUUGCACCGAUACAGAUCUGGAUCUGCAUCCGCGUUGUUUCAAUCUGAAACGGAGCAUUUCUGUUGAAUUAGAAGAAGAAGAAGAAGAAGAAGAAGAAAGUGUGAGUGUGAGUGUGAGACUUGAGCUGACUCGUAAGAUUCCGAAGAAGUGUGUGAAAUGUAAGAGCAAGAAAGUUGGUGGCGAAAGCAAGGUGGAAGGCUGGGCAUACGAAAGCUCAGAUGGAAAGUUUUGUUACCAUGUUUCGUGUUUCAAGGAAAUCAAAUUGGAAGACGGUUACUUCUCCAAAGAGAAGUUGAGAAAGAAGAAAGACUAUGAUGAAAAGGUUGCAGUGCGAAGCAAGAAGAGUACGGUGAGUGGUGGAGGCGGCAAAAAGAAGGGAUCUGGUGGGAAAAUGAAGAAGUAUUUCAAGAUAGCUGCAGUGGUGUUCCAGCUUGUAUUUGCAGCCAUUUUUGGGGAUCCUAUUUCUCUCUCUGUUGGUUUUAUUCAUGCACUUGGCCUUUUUUGACAACCAAACUGAUACCUACAAGCAGUGUAAGGGGUAGUGUCUCUAUAUUUAUAAGUGGUGCACAUAUGUAUGUCAAUUUAUUUUGUGUGCUUGCUAUAAGUUGUAUUAUUGGGGCCUUGAGGGUUUACUUUUUUCUUGUUAACUUUCUGUAUGGUCGAUAAUUUGUCAAUAAAAAAAGAACAAGUGUCAAUUA